CUAACCAAUUCCAAAACGCAAGCGAUAGCCUCUCUCCUCACAGAUCUAAAAGAGACCUCAUCCUCCUCGUUCAUACAUAAAGAGAGAAAACGAAAGAGAGAGCCAAAUCACUCUCCCCCUUUAUAUAAACUCCCAUUUACAAAAUCUUUUUUUCCCUCUCCAAUCCUUCAGAUCUGUAUAUAAAAGCCUCACCUCUUCGUUUCAUUUCCCCAAAUCUCCACGAAAACCCUAGAUUUCGUGUCCGAAUCUCUCUUACGAAAGGCAAAUGACAGAUCAAGGAUUGGAAGGGAGUAAUCCAGUGGACCUAGCCGAGCAUCCUUCAGGGAUUGUGCCUACUCUUCAGAACAUUGUGUCGACGGUGAACUUGGACUGCAAGCUAGAUCUUAAAGCCAUCGCUUUGCAAGCUCGUAAUGCUGAAUACAAUCCUAAGCGUUUUGCUGCUGUGAUCAUGCGGAUUAGAGAACCAAAGACUACAGCAUUAAUUUUUGCCUCUGGUAAAAUGGUUUGUACUGGAGCCAAGAGUGAAUACUUUUCAAAGAUGGCUGCAAGAAAGUAUGCUCGGAUUGUCCAAAAGCUUGGUUUUCCUGCAAAGUUCAAGGAUUUCAAGAUUCAGAAUAUAGUAGGUUCUUGUGAUGUCAAGUUCCCUAUCAGACUUGAAGGUCUUGCAUACUCUCACGCCGCUUUCUCAAGUUACGAGCCUGAGUUGUUUCCGGGGCUAAUCUACAGGAUGAAAGUGCCUAAGAUUGUGCUACUAAUUUUUGUGUCUGGCAAAAUAGUCAUCACUGGAGCCAAGAUGAGAGAGGAGACUUACAAAGCCUUUGAGAAUAUAUACCCGGUCCUCACGGAGUUCAGGAAGAUCCAGCAAUAAGUGGCGAGUUUGUGCUUUGCAAAAGCUAAGUUGUGUGGUGUUUUAGCACCUUGGAGUUGCUUAACCUGCUGAGAAUUUUGUCCUUGAACAAAGGCUCUCGAAGUUCUUUUGUAUUACUGUUUAAGAUUCUAAUAGAACAUUGUAAAUACUCAAAUGGAGACGAUUUUUCUGUUGUUUUUUUCUGCUCCAAGAUCAAGUUUAUUUUCACACGUUAAAAAGUACAACAGUAUAGUUUCGUUUUUAUCA